CACAGUUUUGUUUUAAAUAUUGAAGAAAUGUAUCAGUAACAGCGAGUAAAAUGUAAUCACUUUUAAGAAGUAAAAUGUGUAUAAAUAGUAAAAUCUGCAAAAUAGAGGAGCAGGACCAGGAGCAGGAGCAGGACCAGGACCGAGUCGGAAACACUUUCGCCGUCGUCUCCCCUCCAUCAAGGUCAGUAUAAAGGAGGAUUUGACUCCUGGGACGCAGUAGUACCCUCCUGUUCCUCGCCGACCGACAUGUGGGUUUCUCCGCUGGCAUUGGUCGUUCUGGCUCUGGUACUUUCCGCCCGGCACGCCUCCUGCGAACCUCCGCUGCCAAGUUAUAUUGGUCAUGGAGGAGGUGGAGGAGCGGGUAGUCACAAAAUUGAAGUCGCCAAACACGGCGGAUAUCUGGAAGACGACUCGUUCCAUGGAGGACGAGGCUACAGCAGCGGUGGCCCUGGAAAGGGUCAUGGUGGGACAAUAAAAACUAUUGUAGUCCGAGGAAGCGGAGGAAGUGGAAGAGGACUUUCAAGUUUAUUCGGAUUGGGAGGUAGUUACAGCAGUGGAGGGUACAGCGGGUAUCCAAAAGUUAGUUAUAGCAGUGGAGGUUACAGUAGUGGUGGUUACAGAGGAUAUUCCAGUAGUGGAUUGAAAAGUGGACCACAUGGAGGAGGGUAUAGCGGUGGAAGUAUAAGUGGAUACUCAGGAGGAAGCCAUAGUGGGGGUUAUGGAGGAUUCUCAGGAGGAGGUGGAGGAUAUUCGAGCGGAGGAUAUUCAGGUGGAGGACACAGUGGCCUCGGAGGAUAUUCAGGUGGAGGACAUAGUGGUCUCGGAGGAUAUUCAGGUGGGGGACACAGUGGUCUCGGAGGAUAUUCAGGUGGGGGACACAGUGGUCUCGGAGGAUAUUCAAGUAGUAGCUUAAGCAGUGGAGGCCAUGGAAGUUAUUCGGGUGGAGGAUAUAGCAGUGGAGGUAAAGGUGGAUAUCUCGGAGGUGGUCAUGGUGGUGGAUAUUCGCAAAGUGGUUUAAGCUCCGGAGGAUAUUCAGGUGCCCACGGUGGACUUGGAGGGUAUUCUAGCGGUGGGCACGGAGCUGGACAUGGAGGAUAUUCAACCGGAGGAUACAGUAGUAGUGGUAUCGGUGGUCACUCUACAGGAAGUUACAGCGGCCUGGGGCAUGGAGGAUACUCUAGCUCUAGCGGAGGAUAUUCAGGACUUGGUGGGUACUCGAGUGGUGGUUUGUCUUCUGGUGGCCAUGGUGGCUACUCAGGAAGUAGCUACAGUAGCGAUGGUCAUGAUAGCAGCGCUGAUGGAGGAUAUGGUGGAAGUGGGCACGGAGGAUAUUCUGGUGCUACUGGGGGCCUCGGUAGUUACUCAGGAGGAGGUCUAGGUACAAGUGGGUCAGGAUCUCAUGGAAGUGGAGGUUACGACGGAUACAGCAGUGGAGGACAGAGUAGUUACAGUGGAGGACAGAGUAGUUACAGUGGAGGACAGAGCAGUUACAGUGGAGUGGGAGGGCAUAGUGCGGGUCAUGGUAGUGAUUACACCGGGGGUGUUGCCGAAUACCCUGGAGGUUCCAGUUACUCCAGUGGAGGCCACGACAACUACAGUGGAGGAUAUUCCACUGUGGGGAGUAGUUACAGCUCUGGUGCAGACAGCCACGGUUCAGGGGGGAGUGACAGCUACGCCAGUUCCUACCAAGGAUCCUACUCCAGCCCCAGCGCAUCGUCAUCAGGCGGCCAUAGGGUGUCCUCAGGUUACAACUGAAACUCCUCGAGAGCCUGUUCGUUAUUGAGUCAACCAAAUAUUUAUUAACUGUUACUACAAUUUUGUACAAAACUAAGUUAUUUUCAAUUAAAAAUUCAAGGAGUUGUAGAUACAAACUGUAAAUAGUAUUUCUGUAUGUCAAAUAUAUUUGUUAUAAAACGGUA